CACACACACAGAAAGCUUCCCCCCACACACGCAACCUCCUCCCUACACGCACACUAUCCUUCCAGUCAGACAGUCUUCCAUACACAUCACCACCACCACUACAACCACCAUCACCAAGGCAGUCCCUCCUCACCCACUCUGCUUUAUGUCAGCAGUUCCUGUAAUGGAAAGCAAUACCCAGCAAACAGUGUAAUUUUCUACAGUUUGCAUACUAUAUCCUCUUCAAGAAGUCUCACAUGACAUUUCUUUUUUCAGUGUCUCCCCACGAAGUCUAAGGAAAUACACCAUCCAUUUUCAAAUACAAAGCUGCCAGUUGUAUUGUUAUUUGUUUUAUUUCUCGAUGUAAAGAUGGAGUAAAAUUCUUCUGCGUAUUCCAGGCAACAGAUAUGAGCUGUAUUUUCUCCCCAAAUUUCACCUUUAUCACAAGUAUCAAGUUUACAGAUGCCAUUGUUGAGGAGGAGCCUCUUCUUAGCUAUAGUUAGAGAGUGAUAUGUUGCCAUUUCAGCGGUAAUACGAGUGGCCGGGCUCAACUUUACAUUUUAGCCCCAGAAUUUUGCUUGACUACACUCAGCUCAGUUCACGGUUGGUAUAGUUUUGUCUGGGUCUCUUGGGUUUCUAGUUCUCUUAUCUUUUCUUUUCUCGUUUUUAGGGUUAUAGUACAUGUGAAGGAUCGUAAAACUACCCCUAGAAAUGCCCAAAACUCCUGCGAAAACUGAAUUAUUGCACCGUUUUAUAGGAGGAACAAGGCCCCGCCGGUUUUGCGAGAUACCUCCUUGCAGAAAAUAAGUCGCUCUGCUGUCCACCACGCAUGCCCAUUGGGGAAUACACAUGAAAACCUUAAUUUCCCUGGUUUUGUUGUAGUUUGUCCACUUGUAAUCUUUGUGGUGGCUGAUAUUGCCGACAAGAAAACAAUACAACAGACCAAACAAGCAAGAAAUCGGUGUACAUCAGCGAUUGGUAAUUCUUUCUAAAAACAUCCCCUGUUCGUUUGUUAAGUAGCAUUCUCUUGAUUAAAAGUGUUCCUCUGAUGUUUGUGUCACGUAACAGGACAAGUAAAUGACAACGGUAAGUGAAAUAUAGAAAAAAGUAAGGAAGUUGGACCUCUCUGCGAGAUAUUUUGCGGCUGUGCGAGUUCAUUCCCACAACACUGAGGCGAAGUUUAAAGGUCGCGGCGUCACGGAAAAGCCUUGAGUUGUUGCCAUGCCACAGUAAUUCAUGCACAGAGAAGGAGUCUAAGGGUAUUCUGAUCAUAUUUAGCAUCUUGCCCACCUAUGAACUGAGGCGUGUUGUCCAUCUUUGCGGCGUGGACACCUGUUGACCCCUAGACAGGGGUGGCCGCGGCAGGAGUGUCUUCAUCUCUCCCUGUUCUGGCACUCCCUCUCAGCACACUCAAUCCUGGAUGAACGAAAACAGUGUUCCAGCAUCACAGUCCGUACCUGCUACAGGAACAGAGCAGGAUGAGAAUGGCUGCAACAGGUCCACUUGGUCCAGUGAUGCAUUGCUUGCUGCUCUGCAGAGUGACGUGUACCCAGGUAUUGGCAGCUCGUCAGGAACUGUCCUCAGGAACUUUGAAAAAAAAAGGACUGACUAUUUACCAUGGGAUGACUACUUCAUGGCAGUGGCCUUCCUUAGUGGCAUGAGAAGUAAGGACCCUUGUACCCAGGUGGGGGCAUGUAUUGUCAAUGCCGACAAGAAGAUAGUGGGGGUCGGCUACAACGGUAUGCCCAAUGGCUGCAGUGACGAUGAACUGCCGUGGGGCAAGAAAGCUUCAGACCCCCUGGACAACAAGUAUAUGUAUGUGUGUCAUGCAGAAAUGAAUGCCAUCAUGAAUAACAACAGUCCAAAUUUGGCUGACUGCAGUAUAUAUGUUGCACUGUUUCCUUGCAAUGAGUGUGCAAAGUUGAUCAUUCAAGCAGGAAUAAAAAAAGUCCUUUACUUCUCUGACAAGCACCGGAACAAACCACAGACUAAAGCCAGCAAGAGACUUUUGGAUAUGGCCGGGGUGGAGUACAGGUUAUGCAUGCCAUCACAGAAGACAAUAGACCUGAACCUUUCAUCAGAAGAGCCAGAACAAAGUGUUACAGCCACCAAAGAUAAUUGUGCACCCAACAGGGGCAUGAACAAGGAUGGCAAAAGGGAAGACUACCUACCUUGGGAGGAUUACUUCAUGGCAGUUGCAACUCUCUCUUCCCUCCGCAGCAAGGACCCUGUCACUCAGGUUGGGGCAUGCAUAGUGGACCACAAUAAUAGAAUAAUUGGUAUAGGCUACAAUGGCAUGCCUGUGGGCUGCAGUGAUGAUGAGCUUCCAUGGGGGAAGACCAACAAGUUGGACAACAAAGACAUGUAUGUGUGUCAUGCAGGAGUUAAUGCAAUCAUGAACAAGAACACAGAUGUGUUUGGCUGCACCCUCUACACGACACUCUUCCCCUGUAAUGAGUGUGCCAAGGUGAUCAUCCAGGCUGGCAUAAAGAAUAUCAUUUAUGCUUCAGACAAGCAAAAAAUCCACAUUCAGUGUGCCAAGAAGAUGCUGGACAUGGCAGGGGUCAAGUACAGUGCCUACAAUCAAGUCAUUAAAAGGACAAGGAAAGUUGUUAUAAAUUUUGAGGCCAUUGACUCAGACUCGCUUGAGAAAGAGAGUUGUACGUGACCAAGAGUGUGCUCUUUCAGUACUGGCCAUUGAAGAGCAAAAGAGGGAUGACUAGUUUUCUGAAGAAAAUACUUAAGACUGAGCCACCAAAUGACAAUUGUUCAGUUCCAAUACAUGCUUUAAAAUUGA